AUGGAGGUCCUACGUUUACUGAAGCAGAACUUGACGAAGGCACAGCAGCGGAUGCACCGUUCGGCGAAUUUACAUAGAUGGGAUAUUGAGUUUGCUGUGGAUGACUUGGUGCUGCUGAAACUUCGCCAAUACCGCCAGCACUCAGUGGCGCGUCCUCUUGCGGCUAAGUUGGCUCGGCGUUUUUACGGUCCAUUUCGGGUGCUUGAACGCAUUGGUCCGGUGGCAUAUCGUUUGGAAUUACCGGAGGGUAGCAAGAUCCACAAUGUCUUUCAUGUCAGUUUAUUGCGACCCUUUGUACAUGAGUCAUCGCAACUGAUACCUGCAACGCUGCCUAUGGAUUUCUCUGCCAGUCACCCUUUGGUUCGAUCGGUGCGAGUGUUGGAGCGUCGUUCGGUGUUUCGCAAUGGAGUGGUUGAGGACCAAGGUCUUGUGGAAUGGGAUGAUGGAGUGCCUGACAAACCAUCUUGGGAGCCUAUGGAGGUCAUUUCGAAGAGAUUUCCUUACCUCCUUGAGGACAAGGAGUCUCUUAAGCCCCGGGGAGUUGAUACGAGUACACUAGAGCCACCGCAAGAGGAGGUGGAGGAAAAAGAGAUGCCGGAGGAGAUUAGCGACGUCGCCUCGCAGCCGGUGACCGACGAGCCGAUCGCGCAUAGGACCAGAAAGAGGAGGCAGAAACCGAAGCACUUGGAGGAUUAUGUUUAA